GGGCGGCCGCGCGGGCGGCAGAGGCCGCGGUGGCAGCCAUCGAGCCCGUGGCCCGGGCGGCCCAAGAGCUGCGGGAGGAGACGGCCGCCCUCCGAGGGCAGGUGGAGCGCCUGAGCCUCCGGCUGGAGGUCCUGAGCCUCCGGCUGGGGCCGCCCGACCCCAGCGCCCUCCUCCUGGCCGCCGAGGACCCCGAGGCCCUCUUCCAGGGAGUGGAGGAUGAGGAGGGGCCCGAGGCCACCCCGGUGGCCCAUCCCCCGGCCUUCAGCACCCGGCGUCUGUCCUCCGCGCCUUUGUCCCGUGACAGCAGCCUCAUGGACGCGGAGACAGUGGCAGAGACUCCCGCCGUGGUGGAGCUGGCCGUGGCCGUGGACAACGGCGCAGAGAAGGACCGGAUGGGGAAGGAGCCCGAGCCCCAGCGCCCGGGCAAGCUGUCCCCGGAGGAGCUGGCCGCCAUAGAAGAUGAGAGUGUUCUGGACAGGAUGUUGGACCAGACGACAGACUUUGAGGAGAGGAGGCUGAUCCGCUCUGCCCUUCGGGACCUCCGGCAGAAGAAAAGAGACCAGCGGGACCGAGAGAGGGAGCGGCGGCUCCAGGAGGCCCGGGCCCGGCCCGGGGAGGGCCGGGGCACUACGGCCACAGAGACCACCACCCAGCAGAGCCAGAAGUCGGCCGACGGCUCUGCCGUGAGGACCAUCACCAAGACGGAGCGGCUGGUCCAGUCUAGCGAUGGCAGCCGGACCUCCCGGACCACCACAGUGGAGUCGAGUUUCGUGAAGCAAUCUGAGAAUGGCGGCAGCAGGACCAUGGUCCAGACCAAGUCCUUCAGCUCCUCGUCCAAGAAGAUGGGCAGCAUCUUCGACCGCGAGGAUGAGGCCCCCUCCCCGUCCCGGGCAGGCAGCCUGGCAGCUCUGGAGCGGCGCCAGGCUGAGAAGAAGAAGGAGCUGAUGAAGGCCCAGAGCCUGCCCAAGACUUCGGCCUCCCAUGCUCGCAAGGCCAUGAUCGAGAAGCUGGAGAAGGAGGGCGGAGGCAGUGGGGGCAGCAGCCCCGCUGGCCCGCGGGGAGCAGUGCAGCGCUCGUCCAGCUUCGGGGUCCCCAACGCCAACAGCAUCAAGCAGAUGUUGCUAGACUGGUGCCGGGCAAAGACCCGCGGCUACGAGGUGAGCGGCCCAGCCCGGGCACCCCGACUCCGGCCUGCCGAGACCCAGCCACCUGCAG